CUUCUCUUCAUGAGAAUUUGCAUUUGAAUUUCGGUUUGACAUCCGGAACCAGAUCCGAAAAUCAAGCUUUGACUUCCGUGCCAACAGCCCCCAGUAACAGGAAGCCACGAACGUCAGCGUACCUCUGUACCUGGCAGACAGAUCUUCGGUGCCUGCCGGCGACAUCAAAUUCUAAGAAUGUUCUUUUCCACCUCCUAAGUAUUACUCUUCUUCAGAUUGUUAUUUAAUUUUACGAAAAGAUGCGGACGACAAACGCAUUCUUUCUGGCAGCAUGUCUGCUCAAAAAUUCUUAUGGAACCCCUACCGGUCUGCAGCAGUCCGUUCUGCAGGCCCCAUUGGAGGACCUCACAGUCGGACACACCACUUCCUCGACACGACAGCUCCAUGGGAAAUUCCUGCACAUCACAGAUUUGCAUCCAGAUCCCUUCUAUAAGAUCCAUUCGUCGACCGAGGAGGACGAUGCGUGUCAUCGUGGGAAGGGUCUGGCUGGUACCUACGGUGCCGAGACCUCAGAUUGCGAUUCACCCUACACCCUGGUGAAUGCAACGUUCAAAUGGAUCAAGGAGAAUCUGCGGGAUCAGGUCGAUUUUGUGGUCUGGACGGGCGAUUCGGCACGACACGAUAGCGACGAAAAUAUUCCUCGAAACCAAGACGAGGUACUAAGUACAAAUCGAUGGGUUGCGGAAAAGUUCAUAGAGACGUUUGGUGAGGACAACGAACCGGGCAAGCCGCAGUCAAUUCCAAUUGUCUCGACCUUUGGCAAUAACGAUAUCCUGCCGCACAAUAUCCUUCUGUCAGGGCCGAAUAAGUGGUUGAAGUCAUAUACCGAUAUAUGGAGCCAGUUCAUACCGGAGGAGCAGAGGCACGGGUUUGAGCGGGGAGGUUGGUAUUACGUGGAAGUAAUACCCAACAAAUUGGCAGUCUUCAGUCUCAACACCCUCUACUUCUUUGACCAUAAUGCCGGUGUCGAUGGCUGUGCCCAAAAAUCUGAGCCCGGUUACGAACAUUUUGAAUGGCUUCGAAUCCAAUUACAAUUCAUGCGCGAACGCGGGAUGAAAGCAAUCCUCAUGGGACAUGUUCCUCCUGCGAGAACCGAUAGCAAACAACUAUGGGACGAAACGUGCUGGCAGAAAUACACACUAUGGCUGAAGCAAUACCGAGAUGUGGUUGUGGGAGGUCUAUUUGGCCACAUGAACAUCGAUCACUUUAUGAUCCAGGAUACCAAGAAGAUUGAUAUACUAUCUCAAGAAGACGAGGUGUCUGAAAAGCAGAUGGUUCGUGCUUUUCUAGGAGACGAGCUUUCGAUUAUGUCUGCGAACGAUUAUCUCGAAGAACUUCGGGAGGUGUGGUCUGACCUACCAAAUCCUUCGGUUGCUAUGGAGUCUUUUGAGGAAUCAGAAGAUGAUCACUCCGCAGAGAUUGCCAAGAAAAAGAAGAAAGGCAAGAAAACCAAGAAGGACAAGGCCUUGAAGAAAAUGGGUGGGCCAUGGGGUGAACGAUACCAGGUUACGAUGGUAAGCCCGAGUGUUGUACCCAAUUAUUUUCCCACUUUACGUGUGGUUGAGUACAAUAUCACAGGCUUGGAUGUCAAAUCUACAUGGGCCAGUGUUCAAAAGACAGAUUCUGCAUUGAAAGUGGAUUGGUUGGAUGAAGAGCAACAUUUGAGCACCGAGAAGCAAGACUCCAUCUCCUUUGAUGACGAUUCUUUUGACGAUGAAGUGUCCAUUGACAAGAAAAAGAAGAAAGGCAAGAAAGGGAAGAAGGACAAAAAGAAGAAGAAGAAGCCCUCGAACCCAGAUCUCACCGUUCCAUCAGCACCUUCGAAAAAUUCGCCUCCAGGACCAGCAUAUUCGCCACAAUCAUUGACCUUGCUCGGCUACACCCAAUACUUUGCCAACCUUUCACACAUCAAUAAUGACCUGCCCAUCACACCCGGAGACGACCAGUCAGAGGAAGUUGGAUCAGAUAAGUGGCAUGAGGGAAAACACAAGGGCAAGCACCCGAAGGACAAAGUACCUAAGCCAAAGACGUUCAAAUUCGAGGUCGAAUACAGCACCUUCACAGACAAAGUCUACAAGAUGAAGGACUUGACUGUUCGAAGUUACAUCAAGCUCGCACACCGAAUCGGGCAAUACAAACCCGAGAAAGGAGACGAGAUAGACGAGGCCAGCUCGGAAGAGAACGAGGAUGAUUCGGAUCAUGAAGAUGAUGUCUCAGAUGCGGGCAAGAAGCACAAGAAGAAGAAGCACCACAAACAACACGAGAAGAACAAAGUCUGGCUACGAUUCAUCAAGCGUGCGUUUGUCGGCACCUUAGAGGACGAGGACUUGAAGAGCUUCGAGAGGACGGAGUCUCAUAGUGGGGAAUUAUGAUUGAUGAUUGGAUGGGUUGCAUGAGAUGGCGUUUUUGCUUGGGUUGGCGUAGCAUGGCAUGGGCAUUGCAUGGGAUAUGGAUAUGAAUGAUACCACGGUCUGGUUAGUUGAUAGAAGUAGGAUAGAGAUGGAAUUUGUAUAUUGAGUCCAUUAGGUUGAAAUGGCAUUGUGCAAUUGUCGUACUUGUAUGUUGUGACUUCGUGCUUUGUAUUGGUUGAGGGCGGUUUGGCGAUUACUUGUUAGACCGUUGCU